AUGGCGGCAGACAACUCGACGGGCGCGAAGACGUCCAUGCCCUACUCUGCUAUUAUCAUGCUGUGCCUACUCGGAGCGGGCGCCGCGGUUCUCUGCGCCUGGUCAAUGGCGCGUCACUUCUUCCCUGAGCCAGGCCGAGACCACGGGCUCAACAAUGUCGACGCGGAGGGCAUGACGCAAGCGCAGUAUAUGCGCAUGGUCCGCCUCAAGAACCAGGAAGACCUCCAGCGCACGUAUGGACACUACAACUACGUCCGGCCGAAGCCGCCAGCCUUCGCGCAGUCUGGUUGCUCGGUAUCAUCCUUCUCUUGA